UUCUACAUUCUACCUUUAAAGAAUGGAUAAAUGAAAAAUGGUAACCCUUACGGUCGUUCGAAAUUUCUGGUUUUUAUUUCGAAAAUAAUAUAAGAAUUUGACAAUCAAUGAUUUGCAAAUAGAAAAUUACAAAAAAUUCAAGUGAACGGUUGAUAGAUAACAAACAUUCAAGUUCAAGUGUGAUUCAAUAAUAUCAAAAAGUAGAACAAGGAAUAUUAAAAUUUAAUAGUGAACAUUUUAUAAAAGUUUAUAGCUUUAAAAAUGGUUAGACGAGGACGUUCUGCAAGCCCGCCACCAGCUACAAGAAGAGCUGCUCCAGCUCCAGCACCUUCACCUAAUGUUCCUGCUCGUGCAGCUCCAGCACCUCCACCACCAGCUCCCAUGCAAGCUGCCCCAUCAGCGGUAGGAGCUCCACAGCAACCUUCCAUGUUUCAACAAAUGGCCGCAACUGCAGGAGGAGUUGCUGUUGGUUCUGCUAUUGGGCAUACUGUUGGUCAUGGUAUCACUAGUCUAUUUAGUGGCUCUGAUAAGGAAACAGCGGCAUCUGCCUCAGCAGCUCCCGUUGCUCAACCCCAACAAUAUAGUGGUACCGGUCAACCUAAUGAACCACAAGGACCAUGCAGCUGGGAAAUUAAGCAAUUUUUACAGUGUGCUCAAGGACAAUCAGAUUUAACUCUGUGUGAAGGAUUUAAUGAGGCUUUGAGACAGUGCAAAGUUCAGCACCAUUUGCAAUAGAUGCAGUGUUAUAAUGUUGCAUAUUUAUCGAUCGAACAUUGUGUAAUUGUUCUAAGAACUCGAAAACAACAUGCUAAAUGUAAACUCCAUAUUUUUAUUAUGUUCUUUUUUUAAUUAGAAUUAUAAUUUUAUGUUUUUGUAAAAAUAAAUAUUUUCCUAAUAAAAUCAGUGGUAGCAACAGUAGUCAUUAAAUAAUAGUGGCGAUCCACAUUAGGAAAUUUUUGAUUUUUUAUGUGAGAGAAAAAGAAAAGAUACCAAUAUAAUAAUUUUUAAGUUAUAAAAUAUAUUUCAGAAAUUAUUUAAACCAAUUUCCGUUAACAGCAAAUUUUACGUCUUACAUGCAUACAAAAUAUAUUUUAUUAAAAUUACA